UUACAUUACGCUCGUCGCGCGCGCACUCUGCUGGCAACGAUGACCAUCCCCAACCCCUCGCCCUCAGAUGUGCCUCUUGGAACUGGCCUACCUACUCAAGGAGAGCUUCUGGCACACUAUCCAGCAAAAUUUACAUGGAAUCAACUAAAGACAUUUGUAAACUCAGGGCAAGAACACGACCCCCUUCCCCCCCGUAAAACGAAUAACAACGCCAACUGAAAUUUACUUUGUGGUAGUGAUCUUGGUCUACUCAAACGCGACAAGAAGCUUCAACAAAGAUACAACCUCUGGAGUGUUGGUAUCAAAGAGCAGUAUGGAUCGAUGGUAAACUACUUGCUGAAAUACCGUUUACAAUGGGGUAAACCGGACACACUAACCCUUUUACCCUCUACUCUCAAGCCGAAAGACUCAGAAACGAACCCCAACACCCCCACAAACUCUCUUCCUCCUCCCCAAUACUUCACUCGAGACGUCCCUCCAGAGUACGUCAGCAUCAUCCAGAAUGAUUGGCCCUAUUCAGUCCCAGUUUCAGUCGAACACACCCUCAUCUGGACUAAACUACCCAUCUACCACACCGACACUGUCGCUCCCUCCAUCAACGCUCGAAUCAACCAAGACGGAAUCUGGGGAUUCACAGGACACACAUCGCCCCCACCGUCCCCAUCCACACUUCCUCUCUGUUUGCCUGCCCUAUCAGAGUGGGGGAUAACGGAAGAUAAGAUGAUAGUUUCACCGAAGUGUUCAGAGGAGGAAGAAGAGUUGGUCCGGAAGGCUGGAGUGGAGGUGAAUGAGUUUGUGAGGAAACGGUGGGAUGAGGAUGAGUGGGAGACGGCUUGGUUUGUAAAUCCGCCGCGGUUGCAAAGUAUUCCUGAUCUUGCUCAUAUUCAUGUGUUUGCGAGGAGGAAAACGUGGAGACAGUAGAUAGUUGAUUAGUGCAAUAGAAUGCGUUGUAGAGAUGGACUCUUGUAAUCUGAGCUCACACAUCGAAU